AUGGUAAAUGCACAGCAAUAUUUAGAAGAAAAUUAUCCUGUAGCAAGUCGUAAUAAUAUUACUGAGUUGGAUCUAAGUAAUAAAAAUCUAGAAGGAAGUAUAAGAUUUAACAACAGUGGAUUUAAUAAUCUUCUUAAACUUAAUAUUUCUUUUAAUAUGAUAACUCAUAUUCAUUAUACAUUACCUUCUAUUCAACAAGUUGAUGUUUCUCAUAAUUUACUUAGUAAAUCUCAUUCGUAUGCUACUUCCACCUUACGAAAGUUUAACUGCUCAUUUAAUAAUAUAGUUGGUUAUACCCUUAAAGCUCCUAGUCUUACUCAUUUUGAUGGUAGUAAUAAUUUGUUAAGUACAUUAGUUAUUACAAGUCAUUUUAUUGAAGAAUUAAAUUGUUCAAAUAAUCCCAUAACUUCAGUACCUUUUAAUAUUACUUCUACACUUACUUCCUUUGAUUGUAUGGGAGUUCAAUUUAAUAAAAAGUCUACUACUUUAAGUUCCUUACCAUCCAGUGCCACAUAUAUUCCAACCAAUCCCACAAUUCCUACUUCCAAUGUAAUUAGUUCUACAUUUCCUAAUUCUUUUGACAAUCCUUAUUUGGUGAUAGGUCUUGGUAUUUUUUCAAUUUUAAAUAUUUUUGGAUGGACAACUUUAGGUAUAAUCUUUUUAUGUAAGCGCAAACGUGAAAAAGUGAUUCUAACACCUGGUAGUUCAUAA